AGAUAAGUGCAUCUGUCCAGUUUCCACGGUCGGCUUUUGCUGAAUUUGACCUUCUAAUGCCCUUUUAAGAAUACAAGAGCAGUGGUAUGUUCUGUAUAAACUGAGUGUAAAAAUUACACUGGCAGUAAUUAUGGCUCCUGCAUCCAAGAAGUCCAAGAAGAGAAAGCAUCUCGAGGCUCCAUCCAGCAGUGAUGAAGAUGAUUUUGAGAAUCCAGAGUUUCAGCCUCGCAAAGCCAAGAGGCGAUCGCUGUCCAGCAGGACGAGUCCAGCUUCUGCAAGAAAGACUUCCAACAUGAAGCUAAAGAGUGAAACUUCUGCUAAGUCGGUGUCUGUCAACGGCAAAAAUCAUGGAAAGAAAAAUGGCAAAGUAGGGGCAAAGAAUCAAGCAUCAGAUCUCUCUGGCAACGACUCAGAUUCGGAUCAAGACAAGCCAAGUACUUCAAGUAGUAAGAGAGGCCAGGGUGCAUCAAUACGAGAACAGGAGUCGAAUGAUACAAAGACAAGGAAAGUUGGAGUGAAAUCUGCAAAGCUUGCUGCAAGCAGUAGAAAUGCAGCAAGGAAAACAAGUGCAGUGACAAAUGGGAAAGCAGAUAUGACCCCAGGUAAGAAAAGGAAAGACUCUAAGAUGGACACUGUAGUUAAUGGCAAAGGGCAUGAGAAGAAAAAUGGAAAAAUGCAUCAAAAGAAACUGGCAUCACAUUUGUCUGAUGAUGAUUCAGAUUCUGACCAAGAGAACCCAUCCCCACAACUGGAAGAAGUCAAGAAGGGCCUGUCAGCUUUCAGAUACCAGAAAAGUCCAAAGACGCCAAAGAUGUUAGCAGAAACAAAAGCAGCCGAACCAACUCCUUCAACCAGUAAGGUAACACCUACACAAAGGAAGAAGGCAACUUCUGGCACUCCUAUCAUGGAGUGUCUUAAAGUCAAGGUGAAGAAAAGUCCUGCUUCUUCAAGUACCUCAUCAAAAGCAAGUAGAAAGAAAUCUUCGAACACAGAGCACCCGUCAAGUGGCAAAAAGACAGGAGGAAAUAAGGGAAAGGCCAAGGGGCAAGACAAGAGAGGGAAAGAAGCUAAAAGUCCCAAGGAGAAGACAACCCAGCAGUACGUGAACUUGGAGGACAGGGAAGUGUUAUUUGAGGUGACUCGGAGGAAGUCAAGCAACAUUGUUCUGUCUCUCAACAGAACUACCAUGGGACUCAAUAACAAUGGAAAGGUGUAUGCAUCACCCCAUGAGCCGUACCUGCGCACCUUGCGCUCCCUGGGUCUGUAUCGUACAGCCAGUCCAUUUGACAGACGAGUCACGGCCCUGGAGUGGCACCCCUCCCACCCCACCAUGAUAGCAGCAGGGUCAAAGGGUGGGGACAUCUUCUUGUGGAACUUUGAGAAAGUCGGUGCAGACUGUUUCAUUCAAGGGCGUGGUCCAGGAGGCUAUGUGUCUGCACUGAAAUUCUCUCCCUGGAAUGACAGCCAGGUCUACACUGCUCAGCUCGAUGGAACUGUCAAUCUUCUAGACUUCAGUGGCAGAAACAACAGGAACUUUCUAUCCACAAAUAGCUGGAGUAACUGGUACUGUUCAGCAGAUGUGAGUGCCCCACUCAAGAUGGUGGUGGCAGGAGAAAGUCAAGGCCAUGUAGUCAUGAUGGACACAGAUGGACACAAGUUAUGGCAGCAUCGACUGCACAAGUCAAAGGUGACCCAUGUGGAGUUCAACCCUGGCUGUGAUUGGCUGCUGGUGACGGCGUCUACAGACAGAACAGUGAAGCUGUGGGACAUGCGUAUGGUGGAGGGGAGGGGCAGUGCACUGUACACUCUGGAGCAUGACCAUCCCAUCAACAGUGCCUAUUUCAGCCCCAAUGACCACUGCAAGCUGCUGACCACUGACCAGCACCAUGACCUGCGAGUGUACAGUGGGCCAGACUGGGGCUGGCUGGACACUGCCAUCUACCAUCCACACAGGUUCUUCCAGCAUCUCACUCCCAUCAAGGCUUGCUGGCACCCCAUGUAUGACCUGGCUGUGGUGGGCAGGUAUCCAGAUAACAAGUCUCCCCAUCACAGGCCUGGGGAGGCGAACACCAUCGACAUCAUCAACAUCAACACAGGAGAGACGGUGUGUCAGCUACGGGACCAGGGGGCUCCUGGUAUCAAGUCGCUCAACAGGUUCAGUUCAAGUGGUGAGUCACUGCUGUCAGCAAUGGGAUACAACAUACUGAUUUGGCAGCGUAAGGAGAUUCUCCAGGACAAGCAGGAGAAGCUGAUGGAGAAGAUGCAGGGGGAGCUGGCAGCACACCUGGACACACCUGGGGCUGCCAGGAGACCACGGCCACGCCCGUCUGCAGGCAAGAUGGCCGCCAAGAUCAAGAAGAAGCUUCAGGACCAGUGAUGUUCAUGCAGAGUUGCUCAACAGUAUAGUUGUACAACUGUGGGAAUUUGGACCACUAGUGGUAUCUAAGAAGUAGAAAGGCAGUUAGAAAGAUUUUUUUUCAAGUACUUUGUGAAUUACAUCUAUGUGGGAUGUAAGUAUACCAGGAGUAACAGACUGUUGACUAGAGCAAGAGAACUGAAGUUCUAAUACUAGUAUACUGUGUCAACAUUUAGUGACAUUCCCUUUUAUCCCAACACGUUUUACACAAGCACAUUGUACUAUCUUAAGUUAGUGCGAUACCUUAAGCAAGGUAAAGUUGAGAUUAUUGUUGGUCUUUUUAUAUUCAUAGGUAGAUCUAGAAUACUAGUUUGCUU